ACGGGCGAGCAUCGAGGGAUCGACCUGGCCGCACGCGUUGCCUUUGUGUCAUUAGCUUUUGACGUGGCGCCCGUAUUUGCAUAGAUCGGGUGCGCGAAAGCGCCGCGAUCGAUGCCGAGAGCUCGGAGACGAUCGAGGUGUCGCGCGCGGACGGAAAGUCGCGACGCCGCGUUCCACCGGAAAGGAUCAAGGAAACGCGUCCGCGACGUGGGAGAGCCGCUCACGGCCAUCGGUAGCGAACGGUAGCCGUUCCCGCGGACUGGUUCCUAGGACAACUGGUGUCUGGCCGCGUGUGCUCGCUAACGAGCGGCGAAACAAGGCGCGGCGCGACGCCGUCUCGCGAAAAUCGCAAACAAACGCAUUUUCCUGGAAGCUGUUCGACGAUUCGACAAGCGAAAAAACGGUCGGCGCGUGUCUAGGACGAAUCGAUUUAGCUGGCUGGAUCGAGUUUCAGCGCGCUGCUAUCCUCUUCGUCUUCUCUCCGAGUCGCGGCUGCCGCGAAUGGGAAGCUCGCCAGCCGGCCGAGAUCUGGCAGCUUCGUAGUCUCGUAAAUCGAUUCGGAAAAUGAAGCGGUGCGAUCAUCAGUCCUGAAUCACGCGCGCACCGCGACGGUGUGAACGACGGGUGGAAACGACGGUUGGAAACGACGGCAAACUCUGGCGAACGUGGCCGAAGUGAAGGACGAGCAACCCCGAACCACAGUAACCGGCAGUCUCAUCCGACUAUACAUAUAUAAAAUCGUUUCUUGUUCCCGACGGAAAACGAUCGACCGAUCCAUUCACAGUGCGAUGACUAAGGGGAGGAACAGUGAUCCCAUCGCCACGAUAGACGUGAGAUGCGACGACAUCGACGUCGGCGGCGCCGCGGACCUCGAGAGGGCGAUAGCUGAGACAGGUUACGGCACGUUCAACGUGUUACUCCUGGUGGCGGCACUGCCGGUCGCUUGGAGCGGGAUCUUCGACACGACCACCACCGCCUUCGUUCUGAUCUCGAUCGAGUGCGACCUCGGGGCGACUACCUUGCGCAAAGGGGUGCUAGCCUCCAUGCCGUUCUUGGGCAUGAUCCUGGGGAACGUGAUCUGGGACCGCGCGAACCCCUGCGUCGCCACGCGGAACUUGUUCAUCCUCAGCCUGCUGGCGGACGCCGCGCUGAACGUGGUUAGCAGCGCCAUCGAUUCCUAUCACGCGUUCCUAGCGAUCAAAUUCCUCACCGGUAUUCUCGUCGCCGGCCCGUUCUCGAUGGUGAUGCAAUACCUGUCCGAAUUUCACUCCGCCAAGUACAAGGCCAGCUUCGCGAGGUGGGCCGGCCUGGCCGUGAACGCGGCGAUCAUCCUCCCGGCAGCCUUGGCUUUCUCGAUCGUGCCACUAUCCUUGGACGUCGAGAUAUUCUAUCGGCGCUACAACUCUUGGCGAAUCUACCUGCUGAUCUGUUCGAUGGUUCCGUUGAUCGGUAUCCUGACGACCAGCACGCUGCCGCACUCCCCCAAGUACCUCGUGGAGAUCGGCAGGCCCGACGAAGCCUUGAACCUGCUCCGGAGGAUGUACUCGGUCAACAGGUGGAAAUCCGCCGACACGUUUCCGAUAGAAACGCUGCUCGGCAGUCGGACCGCGCGGGCGUCUCGCCGCUCGUUUUUCAAGGAGAACUCCGAGAGAUUACGGUUAGCCUGCUACAAUACCAAGGUAUUGUUCUCCGCGCCGUAUCUGGCCGGCGUCUCCCGGCUGGGCUUCCUGCAGUUCGGUAGCUCGUUGGCGUUCCACACGAUGAGGCUCUGGGUGCCGCACACGUUCAUGAUCAUAAGCAACUUCAACGGCGACGCGUGGACGGAGGACAGGCCGCCCCUUCUCGCGGACCUGCUGGACCGUCGGAAUUCCCUGGCGAUGAAGGAUUACGUCCGAUGCCCGAAUUUAUACGACGUCUGCGCGAUGUGGACGGUGAACAGUCCGAUCUAUAUGAAAUCGACCAUUAUCGCGUUCUCGACCGUGGUCGUCGCGUUCCUCGCCGGAACGGUAACCAACACCGAGUUCCAAAGAAAGACGGUGCUGCUUGCCGCCUUUCUGAUACCGGCGGGCAGCGGCCUCGGCCUGAACUGGGUCCCGGAUCCACCGAACAUACUGACGCUCGCAGCCGCCAUUAUCGUCGCCGGGAAAGUCGCCAGCAACGUCGUGGACCAAGUCAACGUCCAAGUGGUCCCCGUCCCCUUGAGGACCACCAGCGUUACCGUCCUUUCGAACCUAGCCAACGUGGGAGCUAUCCUCGGCAAUUGCAUCUUUUCAGCCCUAAUAGACAAGCAGCCUGUCGCAGCGUUCGUCGGUAUCGGUGCCUUGAUGCUCGUUUGCUUCGUUUUGUCGUUCGUCCUACCGGGACCUAUAAAAGCACCGAAAACGGUCGUCGGCAACUGCGCGUGACGCGCUGCCGCGCAAAGGGCCGACCAGGAUAUCCUCACUCCCAAUCGCGGGUCCAACCAGUCUUCCACUUCUAGAUCGCCGAUCGACCGGUCGGCUAGUCCAAACAGCGACGCGGCUUCACGCAACAGAUGUAUACUUGUAUCGGGUCACUAGAAAUAUAUUUCUUUAAGUACAUCGUGAGACAACAUUCCUCGACUUACCUUUCAUCGAUCACAACGUCGUAAUCGUAUACUCUGCAGGAGUAAACUUAUGCUAAAUAUUUGUCGUUUAGAGAAAAUUCAAAUCUUGCGUUCCGUUAUCCAUCUCUUCGUCCUGCGAGUUUCUUUUCGAUAUUAGCUGGUACCGGAAAUAUCGAACAUUCCAUCGAAGUAUCGAACGCUCCGAUACAUCGAGCGUUUAACGCGAAAGUCGAAACCGUUAACGGUCAGAACUGUUGACAGUUUUGCGUCAGUAUUAAUAUUAACCAAAGUGCUGGAAUCCUCGUGCAUUUCACCCCGGAUAAUCGUGAACGCAUUACCAUCAAUUUAGAGAAGCGAAAGGAACUUGAGCUGAAAAUCGCUGCACGGAACGUGUUGACGUACGGACAUUGCGGCAGAAGACGUUUCUUCGGAAAAAUUCCAUUUUCGACUAGUGGCGCCGUUCACGGAAACGUGCUCAAAUUGCUAAGCGAAAGCUCGGAUCGAUAAUGCACGAAUUUGUUUUUCCUUGUCGCAAGAACCGAGUUCCCCGUUUAUUCGACUCGUCCCACUGUUGCUCGAUAUUAACGCGUGGACGGAAAUAAACACCUGCGUAGGUUGAAGCGACGAGAAUAACACUCGAUACUAUUGCUAUAAAUAAGGUGUAAAAAUAGACCGAAUAACUCAUAUUUUCAUGGUCCAAUUCGGGUUGUUUUACCGCGGGAGUUGUAUAAGAUCGAUCACCUUGCACGUGGACCAAUCAACUGCGGAGGUUACGUCGAAGAUAGUAAAACUUUAUCUGUGAAAUAGCAUGCCUAAUCCUAACCCAAACAUUUGUUGACGCUAAAUCAUAUGACACACUCGUAGCAGAAAUGAAGUAUAUAGCUAAUUCGAUUUCUACUGACAAGCCUAAAAUUUUGUACUAUCGGUAACGUCGAGAUCGACAACGAAAUGGUUUGGGGGUCUCACGACCCCCAAAGCUCUGGCAAAAAUUUCCAUAAGGUAUUACAUCUAUACGUGUUUUUAGUCUGUGCCAAAUAUUUGAAAUUAUAACCUCAAACUUAAGAAAGUUUAAGAUGUAAAAUUUAUUUAUCUAGUCGUUAUUUACUUUUCAGAUAUUUGAUUUUCGUAGUUACGACUGUUAGUCCGUUGUCAGUGUCACGUAUCUUCGUUACAAUUGGUAACACUGAAUUCAGCGAUUAACAAUAAUUUUUAAAUUUAUAAAAUACAUUCUGUUCACAUUCCGCGAACAGUUUAUUUAUGUAGUCAAGACAAGAUAUUCUUAUUCACACUUGUGUUACUUAUAAGAAAAGUUGAAUAUUAAUUCAAAACUACGAUACUAAGAAUUGUGAAUUUGAGUAUCAACUUGAUGAUGGUGAUGAUUAAACAAAAUCCGUUUUGCCCGAAUGUUCAUGUAAACCUGUGUACAUUUGGGGUGAUUAACGUAUAGCGUUAUUUCGUUAAUUUUAAGUUUUUUUGUGAUUUUUUAAAUAUCAUUUCUACCUGUUAGGCCUUUGAAUAAGACGAGCUGUAAUGGAUGUGAACCUUUAAAAAUAAAAUCAUCACGCGAAACUAAUGCUGCAUUUGGUUACUCGAAAGAUAACGAAAUAUCUUGUGUAUUAUAUUGUAAUUUGUAAGAAACUGAAUGAGGAAUUUUAAGGGGUUGAACAGUUGUACCAUAUACAUUCUUUAAUCCCAAAAAUAAUGCAAAGAUACUUCAUAAAAUUUUCAUAUAUCGGUACAGAAUACAGUGUAUAAGGUGAAAUUAUUGCAAAUGAUUUUUUUAAUUCAUUAAAUAAGGGGACUGCAGAAAAAUAUAUUUCAGUCGGAACAUAUAAUCCAUGAUACAGAUACUAUUCAAGGAGCUUUAGAAUGCGCUUUUUCAGUGCUGAGACCAAAAUGCACAGUUUGGCCAAAAAUAAGUACUUCUAGCAGAACUGAUACUGGUGUACAUGCUCU